AUGCUGGCUGCAGGGACGCUGCUCAUUGGCCUGUGUUUGCUAGGUGUUCAGCGAAAUGAGGCCAAUGACGACAUCUUGUUUUACAUAGGAGAUAAACUGUACCAUUGCAGUAAAAGAGACAUAGAUUAUGGAUUUGACGCCACUGAUGCCCCAAACCAUGCAUUAGAUACAGAUGAUUGGUUGUUUGACCUCAUUGAUGAUUCAAGCGUUUGUGAUCCUAACCCUUGCUUCAAUGGGGCGUCUUGCCAGGCUGAAACUGCUGGACAAUUCGUCUGCUUUUGUCCUGAGCCUUAUAUGGGCAAGAGGUGUCAGAAAGUGAGAAAUAUUUGUGAAAAUGUCAAAUGUGGCCAUGGUGAUUGUGUCAAGUUAAAUCAAGCUCCAUAUUAUGAGUGCAAGUGUAAACCACCGUACAGUGGCCCUGACUGCAAAGCAUUGCCAUCAUCCCCUUGUGAACCCAAUCCCUGCCAGAAUGGAGGAUCCUGUAUGAAAGGGAACAAACGUUUUGGCUGUGCUUGCCCUACUGGAUUCACUGGGAAGUUCUGCCAAAAUGUACCUACUGACUGCUAUGAGGGGAAUGGGGAGUCAUAUAGAGGUAAUGUCACUGAGACAGAAGACGGGAGGGAAUGUAUGGACUGGAACUCAUACUCCAUUCUAGCAGCUGGGGACGAUCCUUUCGCCUCAUACUCAGACUUUACUGGGCUGGAAAGCAACCUCUGCAGGAAUCCAGAUGGGGAUGAUAGACCUUGGUGUUUUGUCAAAGGUUCUUCCAGCCUGGACUGGGAAUACUGCAAUAUCAAGAAGUGCUCUGGAGCUACAGCCCCUCCAGCACCACCCCUGCCUCCAGUCCAACCACCACCAGGCCCAGCCUCUUUCUCUCAGUGUGGUAAAAUAGAUUGGGGUACCCAACCUGUUCGCACUGGCAGGAUUUAUGGAGGCACCAAGUCUUUCCCAGGUGCUCACCCCUGGCAGGUUUCUCUACAAAAGAGACCCAGAAACUCUCAAUUGGAUUUCAGACACGACUGUGGUGGGAUCCUUCUGUCUUCCUGCUGGGUUCUCACUGCUGCACACUGCAUUUCAAAUGAAAAUGAAUACCAAGUGGCGAUUGGAGGAGUAAACUUAAACAAACCAGAGGAGAUGGACCAGGCCAUUCCAGUGAUAGAAACCUUUGUUCAUGAGAACUACAACCCAUCUCCUGAGGCUUUUUACAGUGACAUUGCUCUAGUCAAACUCAAAUCGAUGGAUGGCCCUAACUGUGCCAGAGAAACGCGCUUUGUGAGAGCAGCGUGUCUACCAGAAGAGAACUUCCCUCCUGGAAAGGAGUGUGUGAUCUCAGGAUAUGGUGCUACAGAUGCAUGGACAAAUUACAGCCCCCAGCUGUUGAACGCUCGAGUGUUCAUGAUUUCUCAAGAGAGAUGCAGUCGUCCUGAGGUUUAUGGACCUGUGCUGGACAACACCAUGCUCUGUGCUGGGGUUUUGCGGGGUGGCACUGACUCCUGCCAGGGCGACUCAGGAGGACCGUUGGUGUGUGAGCAGAACGGCACACACUAUGUCAGUGGUGUGGUGAGCUGGGGCAUUGGCUGUGCUAUGAAGAACAAGCCUGGUGUCUAUGCCAACGUCCACACAUUCCUUGACUGGAUUAAAAGCAAGAUGAGCUAAAACUAAAAUCUACAGAAAUGGAAAUGAAAACACGCUUAAUCUUAGUUUGCCUUGAAAAAACUGUUUAUUCAAUCAGCAAUAAAACCAAGCAUUUACUCCCA